AUUUUGAUAGAAACAUACAGUAAUAUAAAGGGGUCUCUCUCAUUUCUCUCUCUUCUUUCUCUCUCUUUGGAUUUCUCUCUCCUCUCUCCUCUCUCCUCAGAAGGUCAAAAAAAACCCUAAGAGCUGUUUACCCACAAUUUUGAUGGACGAUGAUGGAUUGAAUAUGCGGAAUUGGGGUUAUUAUGAACCUUCCCUCAAAGGGCAUCUUGGUCUGCAGCUCAUGUCAUCUGUGGCAGAGCGAGACACAAAAUCUUUCCUAUCUGGGCGUGAUCAUACUGUAAUGGUCAGUGCAAAUGGGGCUUUUCACCCUCGGGAUUGCAUGGUUUCAGAAGCACCUGUACACAUGGACUAUGUGAGGGACAGUUGGGUAAACCAGAGAGAUAAAUUUCUUAAUAUGUUACCGGGAAACCCGAAUUUUGCAGUUUUUCCUAGACCUUCUGGAAGUAACCCCAUGCAAAUUUUACAGCCCCCUGAUUCAUUAAAGGACGUGAGGGUGGGUAUGGAAGAUCCAGGCAUUAGGAAGGAGGGUGUCUCUUUAAAGAAAAGGACAGGUGGUAGCAUCCCCAAAACUCCAAAAUCAAAGAAGACUAAGAAAGACCCUGCUGUCCUAAAGGAGAAUGGAAACCCUUCUGUUCAACGAGCUAAACCAGUGAAGAAUAUGGAUGUUGUCAUAAACGGGAUCGAUAUGGACAUUUCAGGCAUUCCUAUACCUGUUUGCUCAUGCACUGGAACUCCUCAGCAGUGUUAUCGAUGGGGUUGUUGUGGUUGGCAAUCUGCUUGUUGUACCACAACGAUAUCGAUGUACCCCUUGCCAAUGAGCACCAAAAGACGUGGAGCAAGGAUAGCUGGAAGGAAGAUGAGUCAGGGUGCUUUCAAGAAGGUAUUGGAGAAACUCGCAGCUGAAGGUUAUAACUUCUCUAACCCAAUUGAUCUGAGGAGUCACUGGGCGAAACAUGGUACCAACAAGUUCGUCACAAUCAGGUAGAUUUACAUUGUGGUUACCGUUACCGGACUCUCAUUGAAUCUGGUCUGCUUUACCUGUAUAUGUCUGUGGCCUGUUGCAGAAGUUUAUCUGUUCUGAUGUAGUCCAUGAAUAUUCAGAUUAUACGUGUUCUUGAACUCAGAAACCUGGAGUUCUUUGGAAAUGUUGUUUAAUUUUCCUGUUCAUGUUUGAAAGGCUAUCAUUUCUGGCCUCCAGAAUGUAGGAUGGUGCACAAGUUUUAUUUAUUGGAUCAUUUUGGGAUUAUAUCCUUUCGUAUUUC